CUCUUUUUAAAUUUCACUUCAAACUUAUGCCCACAAAAAUCAAAAACAACGAAAAAAGAGCCUUCUACAUCCAAAGAAAAGAUAGCAGCCAUUAAAGUGAAUGGUGUCAAUAUUUUAAAUAGAAAAAAUCUUGACAGUAAAACCAUUGUCGAGAGAAUUAAGAAAAGAAGAGAGAAUCAUAACUAUGUUGAAAGACGUCGAAGAGACUGUAUCAAUCAUACUAUUGACCAACUAUCUCAAGUGGUGCCUCAUACCUUAUCUUCAGGACAAAGACUCAACAAACAUCAUGUUCUUAAAGCAGCCCUGAACCAUAUAUUAGUA